AUGGCAUCCACGAGUAUUUCGGUUGAUGAGGACCAGUUCUGUUGUCCGGUGUGUCUGGAUAUUCUGAGGGAUCCUGUGACUAUUCCCUGUGGACAUAGCUAUUGUAUGGAUUGCAUUAAAGGGUUCUGGAGGAAGAACGAGCACAAAGGAGUUUACAGCUGCCCUCAGUGUAGACGGACUUUCAGUCCCAGGCCUGUAUUGGCCAGGAACACCAUGCUGGCUGACAUUGUGGAUAAACUUAAGAAAACAGAGAUCCAAGAUACUCUUCCUGCUCAAAGGUAUGCUAAAACGGGGGACGUUGAGUGUGACAUUUGCAUCGGGAGAAGACACAGAGCUGUCAAGUCCUGUACGGUGUGUUUGGCCUCGUUUUGCCAAACCCACUUAAAGCAUCAUAACGAGGUUAAUCACGGAAGGACGCACAAAAUCAUCGAGCCUACAAAACUACAGAAAAAAAUCUGUACUCAUCACAACAAGCUCUUUGAGGCUUACUGCCGCACUGAUCAGCAAUGUAUCUGUUGUCAGUGCGUGACAGACGGGCACAAGGGCCAUAAUACAGUACCAGCUGCAGAGGAAAGGAUUCAGAGACAGGAACAAAUGAACGAGGCAUGGAGGAGAUCUAAGCAGAAAAUCAAGGAGAGAGAAAAAAGGCUGAGACGUAUGGUGAAAUACUUAAAGCGAUCUGCACAGGCAGCGGAAGAAGACAGCGAAAGGAUUUUUUCCAAGAUGAUCCGCUCUAUUGAGAGACGGCACUGCGAGGUGAAAGAACUGAUCAGAGAUCAGGAGAGGUCUAUUCUGAAUCAGACCGAACGGCUUCUGGAACAACUGGAACAGCAGAUGGCAGAGAACAGGAAGAGAGAAGCAGAACUGGAACAACUCUCACAUACAGACAAUCACAUCUAUUUCCUUCAGAGAUGUAAACCGCUCAGUGCUCCUCCUGACCGGGGGGACCCACCCAGUAUUGAAGUUCAUCCAUACUUUUCUUUUACGAUUUUGAAACGAGCACUCACCGAGUUCAAAGAACGCGUUAAUGACCUAUGUGACCGAGAAAUAGCAAGAAUAUCAGAUUUAAUUCAAGAGGAAGAGAAACUGCCUGAUGUAUCAAGCCCACGCAUCUCUGCCCAGACUGAAACAGAAAAAGCAAAUACCACGGACGCACCCCAAACCGAACCCAAAACCAGAGCAGACUUCUUACAGUAUUGCUGUGAGGUGACGCUGGACCCGAACACUGCCAAUUCCUACCUCCGUCUCUCUGAGGGGAACAGAGAGGUCACUACAGGCUACGAAGCUCAGCCAUACACAAAUCAUCCAGAGAGGUUUGCCAGCUGGGCACAGGUGCUGUGUAAACAGGGGCUCGCGGGCCGUUGUUACUGGGAGACAGAGUGGAGCGGCAGCGGUGGGGUUUCCAUAGGCGUGUCGUACAAAGAGAUCGCCAGGGACGCAGGGGGUACAGAUGGUAAACUGGGAUGCAAUUCAAAAUCGUGGAGUCUGGAUUUUUCUGAUUCUGUUUGCUCCUUUCAGCAUAAUAAGAAGAGCACAGAUAUACCAAUUCCUCAUUCACGCAGAAUAGGGACGUAUCUGGACCACGUGGCUGGAACGCUGGCAUUUUACAGUGUCUCUGAGACUAUGACCCUCCUUCACCGAGUUCAGACUACGUUCUCCCAGCCUCUUUACCCUGCAUUCUGGGUGGGACUGGGUUCCAAAAUUAAACUGUGUCCCAUUUUUAACUUCUAG